UGUUCAUUUCUUUUCCGAGCCCAAAUAAAGGGGAAGAUAGUCAAAUUCCGCCACCGUACACGACGGCGACACAGUACUAUGACCGCCGCGACCCUCCGCUCUCACCGACCCCUCCUCCACCGACUCGACCAAUCUCUCUCCAUCGUCCCUCAUAUAACUUCCAUCCUCCAAUCCCUAGACCCCCAAAACCCUAAAACCCACCAAAACCCCGACCCUUCAAUCCUCAAUCAGUUCUCUCCUCACCUAAACCCUGAUUUAGUGAUCGACGUCGUCAAGAGCCAAACGAGUCCUUACCAUGCUCUCUUCUUCUUCACCUGGGCCUCGGGCCCCGCCGCGCUCCCCAACAGCUAUCGCCUCCCCCACUUCUGCUACAUCGCCAUCACCGACAAACUCCUCUCGCACAAGCUCUUCUCCUUAGCAGCUGAUUUGCUGAAAACCCACGACAGAUUCUCGGAUUUCAUGGUGGGCGUCUUGGUCAAGGCUCAGAAGGUGGGUACUGCUUGGGGGUAUUUUGGGCAGGUUGUGAUAAAAACGGGCCUUGUUAAACCUGAUGUCUCGACUUACACAACCAUGAUCAGGGGCUUUUGCCAAACGGGCAUGAUCUGGGAUGCAGAGAAACUGUUCGAUGAAUUACCUGUUGUGAAAAACUCCAUAGCUUACAACGUCAUGCUCGACGGGCUCUGCAAGAAAGGGCUCGUGGAAAAAGCCCGAAAACUUCUCGACCGCAUGGCCCAGGACGAGUCAUGUUCGCCCAAUACCAUAUCAUACACGACUCUCAUCGAUGGGUACUUCAAAAGACGGGAGUUUGAAAAUGCAUUGAAUUGCUUUAAUGAGAUGGUGAGUGUGGUUAAUUGCGAGCCUAAUGUAUUGACUUACAAUGCUCUGAUAAACGGGCUCUGUUUGAACGGGCUCGUGGACGAAGCUAAAAAAACGAUGUGCAAAAUGAGGCUGGGCGGAUUAAGGGAGAGCAUUGCAGCCCACACGAGCUUGCUAAAGGGAUAUUGCAUCGCGAAUAGAUCGAGAGAAGCUAUUCAACACUUUAGAGAAAUGUUGGAUCUUGGCAUGAUUCUUGAUGAGAAAUCGUACACCGUGAUCGUGAAGGAGUAUUGCAAGCUCGGGCGAGUUGAUGAAGCCGUUGAGAUUUUACGGGAAAUGAGGGCGAAAGGGAUCAAGCCAGGCACGGCUAGCUUGAACGCGAUUUUGAAGAGUUACGUGAGGUUUAGAGAUUUCGAAAAGGCGAUUGAUUUCUUGAGAAGGAUGGCAUGUCCGAAUUUUGUAUCUUAUUCGGAGGUGAUAAUCGGGCUAGUACGGGCCGGAGGGAGUAUGAAGGAUGUGGAUAUGGUUGUGGGCCAGAUGGCCCGUAAUGGAUAUGGGCUUGAUACGACAUUGUAUGGGCUUUUGAUCGAAGGAUAUUGUGGAGAGGGAGAUAUGGUGAAGGCGAUUAGUGUUUUUGAGGAGAUGGUUGGGAAGGGUUUUGUUGUUGGGAAGGGUUGUUUGGAGGUUUUGGUGAAGGAGUUGAGGUCGAGGGGUUUGUUGAGUGAGGUGGAAAGUGUAAUUGGCUUGUUGAGGAGUAGUUGUGGGGCUUGUGAUGUUGAAGCUUAUGAAAGUGUGUUGAAUUAAGUAUGAGUUAGAGCCAAGUGGGGAACAAAGGAAGAAUUUGAACAUAUGCAUCACGUGAAAAACAUUAUGUAUGUGCUUGGUAGAGAGUUCUUUUCAUUUUCUCUCCCCUCAGAGUCUAUAUCAAGAAGCUUCUUUGCUUCGAAACACAUAUGCAGCUUUCUUUUUUUACACAAUUCCAAAAUCUCUGUUCACCAAAUGUCCGCUCUUAAGUUGUAAUUUUAUAGUUCAAAUUGUAAUCGAAACACAUAUUUGUAACAAAACAAAUAUGAGGGGUUAUGGACAUAAU